AUGGUGCUGAUUGUUCAUCAUGUAUAUCCUUUUUCUGCACUCAAGUUGAUUUUGUUUAUUACCACUCUCUUCACUUUAUCAGAUUGCUAUGACCCUUUGGAUCCAAAUGGGAACAUUUCUAUAACUUUUGACAUUAACAACCGUGUAGACAAUGGAUAUCUGGCAACGGUGACUCUUGAUAACUAUCAUCAAUAUCGGCACGUAGACAAACCAGGGUGGAAACUAGGAUGGACAUGGGCUAACAAUGAGGUGAUAUGGUCAAUGAGUGGUGCCAUUGUAACUGAUAGGGGUGAUUGUUCAUCUUACAGUGGUUCUCAGAUGCCACAUUCAUGUAAGAAAGAUCCAAUAAUAGUCGAUAUAGCUCCAGAUGUCACACAAAAUCGGUCAGACGGUUGUUGUCGCGGUGGCCGCCUCUCUGCUCGUGCCAUUGAUUAUUUCAAUUCAUUCUCUUCAUUUGAAUUUGAAGUAAGAAACGUGGGGGGAAAGGAAAAUUCACUUGGACAAGCACCUAAUAAUGUUACAUUCAUGGCACCUGGUCCUGGUUACACUUGUAGCCCUUUUAUGCUUACUGAUCCCUCAGUGUCCUUAGAUUUAGGAGGACAAAGACAAGUUCCUGUUGCAAAAACUUGGAAGUCAACAUGUACAUACUCCAGUUUCUUAGCAAACAAGUCACCGGUAUGCUGUGUUUCCCUCUCAACGUUUUACAAUCCUAUCAUCACACCAUGCCGUAAUUGCACUUGUGGCGGAUGCAGGGAAGCAGAUAAAAAUACACUCUCUUGCAUAAGGCCAGGUGAUCCUUUGGGAGGGUCAAAUGAUGAAAACAACAUAAUUGAAUGCACCGACCAUAUGUGUCCGAUUCGAGUCCAUUGGCAUAUCAAGAACAAUUAUAUGAAUCAAUGGAGAGUGAAGCUUACAAUUUCUAACUACAACUUCAAUAGAAACUACUCUAAUUGGAAUGUGCUGAUUCAACAUCCUGGUUUCAACAAAAAAGCAACAACUUACAGCUUCAAUAGCACUAAACUUUCGACUCUUGGGAUCCAAGAUGAUGGAGUUGCUCUUUUUUGGGGGAUAGAUUAUUACAACAGUGAAUUAAUGCAUUCUGAUAAGGAUAGAGUUGGUUCUGUGACAACAGAAGUACUAAUGGAAAAAGAUCCAAGUUCCUUCACAUUGCAAAAUGGAUGGGCAUUCCCAAGAAGAAUAUAUUUCAACGGCGAAAACUGCGACAUGCCUUUACCUGACACAUUUCCUAUGUUACCAAAUGGCAGCUCCAGUUUAAGACCUAAUUGUCUUACUUUCAAUCUUUCAUUAAUUUGUUUAUUACUUAUCCUAUUAGUACUCAAGUAG